CACGAGACGGAAAAGAUUUCCCCGAGGGCUGACGACGCCCGCGAGAUCAUUUGCAAAGGGCUUUCCUUCUCCCCCCGCCCCCAGCCCCUUCACCCCGCCUCAGGCCUGACGCUAGGAAUGAUGGCCCCGACCUGAAAGGGAGGCCGGAGGCAGCCGCCCCGGAGCUCCCGACCCUCGAGGGGACGACUUGGCUGCUGCGUCCCGGCCGUGUCCGGGCCUCCGGGGAUCAGGCUGCACUUCCGGGGCGCGGGACCCCGCCGCGAGGCUGGACUCCGCGGGGUCGGCAUAGGGCAGCGCGGAGGGGCGCCGCUCGGAGCCCCUGCGGGCAGCAGCCGGCGCGGGAGAGGUCGGGGGCCGCGGCCGUUCUGCGGAGCUCUGCAGGGCAGGGCUGGCGGCGGCGCACCGGGCGUGGGCGGGGCCGGCGGUGUUAGGGUUAAUGUCCGCCCCGCCCCGGCCGCACUGACUCAGUUUCACCAGAAACCUGAGGAGGAGGUGGCCGAGCCCCAGCGUACCCUGCACCGGGGCGGAAGCGGCGGCCGCAGCCGCGCAGGAAGCCGGGACCGGAACCUCGGCAGGCUCGGCCCCACCCCACUCACCUGAGCAGAUCGCUAGCACCCUCGGAGCCCAGAGGCCCGCGCAGUGAAGGUGACCCCCGUGGGGAGAAGGGCGACGGCCCCGGGGAGGAUGAUGGCCUGCGCCCGCCUCUCCCAAGCCCACGUCCCAGCAGUCGCCGUGUGGCUCCUGUGCGCGCUCGAUCUCCUGGGCACCGAGGCUGGGCCGCCGCCCGCGCCCCCCGGCCUGCCCCCGGGAGGCCCCUGCCUGGACCGCUUUACCGCCGGGGUGCCUGCCUUCGUGCUCGAUACCGAGGCCUCGGUCAGCAACGGGGCCACCUUCCUGGGCUCCCCCACCGUGCGCCGCGGCUGGGACUGCGUGCGCGCCUGCUGCACCACCCAGAACUGCAACCUGGCGUUGGUGGAGUUGAAGCCCGACGGCGGGGAGGACGCCAUUGCCGCCUGCUUCCUAAUGAACUGCCUCUACGAGCAGAACUUCGUGUGCAAGUUCGCGCCCAGGGAGGGCUUCAUCAACUACCUCAAGCGGGAGGUUUACCACUCCUACCGCGAGCUGCGGACCCAGGGCUUUGGCGGGUCCCGGAUCCCCAAGGUGUGGGCAGGCAUAGACUUGAAGGUACAGCCCCAGGAACCCCUGGUGCUGAAGGAUAUGGGGAACACAGAUUGGUACCUACUGCAAGGUGACGCGGAUGUCAGAGUAGAGAAGAAUGAGCCGGACCAGGUGAAGUUGUGGGGACUCAAGGAAGGCACCUACCUGUUCCAGCUGACAGCGGCUGACUCCGACCAGCCAGAGAGCAUGACCAACAUCACAGUUACUGUGCUGUCCCCCAAGCAGACAGAAGAAUAUUGCCUUGCGUCCAGCAAGGUGGGCCGCUGCCGCGGUUCCUUCCCUCGCUGGUACUACGACCCCAAAGAACGGAUUUGCAAGAGUUUCGUUUACGGAGGUUGCUUGGGCAAUAAGAACAACUAUCUUCGGGAAGAGGAGUGCAAGCUAGCCUGCCGGGAUGUGCAAGGCCCCUCACUGGACAGGCAUGGUCCAGUGUGCUCUGGCACCUGUCACCCCACCGAGUUCCGCUGCCGCAACGGCUGUUGCAUCGACAGCUUCCUGGAGUGUGACGACACGGCCGACUGCCCUGAUGCCUCUGACGAGGCCGCCUGUGAGAAAUACACCAGUGGCUUCGAGGAGCUCCAGAACAUCCACUUCCGCAGUGACAAAGGGCACUGUGUGGACCUGCCAGACACAGGGCUCUGCCUGGAGAACAUCCCACGCUGGUACUACAACCCCUUCAGCGAGCGCUGCGCCCGCUUUACCUACGGUGGUUGUUACGGCAACAAGAACAACUUCGAGGAGGAGCAGCAGUGUCUUGCGUCCUGUCGUGGCAUCUCCAAGAAGGAUGUUUUUGGCCUGCGCCGGGAAAGCCCCAUUCCUAACAUAGGCUCCGUGGAGGCGGCCAUUGCAGUACUCCUGGUCGCCUGCAUCGUGGUGGUGAUAGCCCUGUUGGGUUACUGCUUCUUCAAGAACCAGAGGAAGGGCUUCCGCAGACGCCACCACAACGACCACCUCCAGCCCCCUACCCCUGCCAGCUCCACGGUCUCCACCACAGAGGACACGGAGCACCUGGUCUAUAACCACACGACCCGGCCCCUCUGAGCUGGGGGCUCGCCUGGGCUCUUUCCGGCUCUUGCCCGGCGCUGCUUCCUCCUUGCCAAGAUGGAAGCCUGGGCUGCGGAGGACUUUGGGACCAGGCUCCUCCAGCUAUUUCCCAGGCCCACUCUGCUUCCGAGGCAGGGCUCCGGCCCCUCUGGAGAUGUCUUAGCUAAGCUUAGGCCUCUCAUUCCUGACAAAGCUCCAGGGCCUGGGAGGAGCGGAAGACCUUUGAGCCCAGAGUCCCACACACAGAUGGACCUGUCAGCCUAGGAUUUCAGAAGAAGUUGAAGUUUUGUUUCUUGUUCAAAGCUGCCUGUCCCCACCCUGUGGCGUUGGGAAGGGGCCUGGGGCAAUGUCAGAAGCUGGAGGCCCCCUGGCGGUGCCCUUCAGAGCUGGCCCUCCCACCCUGCACAGUCAGGGCUGGGGGGAAGGACGUCCCUGUAUAUUUUGUGCUGUAUAGAGUUGCUUUUUGUUUAUUUAAUGCCAUGGGGAUGGGUAAGAGGAGUGGAAAGAGGCUGCCUCUUCCCUUCCCCCAAGAAUGAGGCCUGGCCUGGCCUGGCCCACGGCGCCUGGUGUGCAGUAUCGUCCCCGCACGCCCCAGGGCUCUCAGGCAUCACACCCCCCCUGUUCCCCUGCCUUCCCCGGGGCCCAGUCCACCCCCAGUGUAAUAAAAUGGUUGGUUCUGUGAGGCUGCUGCCUCCGCUGUCUGGGGCAGGAGAGGGACAGGGCUGCUGGGGGGGAUAGGACUGCCCCGUCCAACCGGUUUGGGCUUCGGCCACCCUGUUCAGCAGGUUUUCCCACCCUUCCCGAAACUGCCCCAGCCUCUGAGGGUGGAGAGAAUUGCCAAGUUUGACCACCAGAGGGGAGGGGUGAGAGGGCCAUGGAAGAAGGGGGCCCAGGAGGCUGUCAGGCUGCCGCGUAGCAGGAUUUCUUCCUGGGGUGAGCCUUGUCAACAGGUCUGCUCGGUCGCUGGGGCAGCUCCUGACUGCAGCAUGUAGUGGAGAACUCAAGGGCGGCGGGGAGCAUGGCUUUGAACUCUGAUUCUUAUCUCCACUCCUUUUGGUGUGGGGGCCCAGGUCACCGCUGUCUCCCCUGCCCACCCACAGAAGCUUUGGCUUUUUCACAGGGGUGUUGCUGCUCGCCAGGCUCUGAGCUCCUGCCCGGGGGCCUUUGGUUGAGGUACUCCAGCCCACACCCCUCCAUCUGUUUCAGCCGCUUUUUGUUUGGUGUCAAAAAAAGCCAUCCUUUCAUUCAUCUCAACAAAUUAUAUAUUGAGGAGCUAUGUGCCCUACACCGCCAAUCUGAUAUUGUCAAGAUAAGCAUGCAGGAAGCAUGCGUAAGGGCUUUAUGUAUCUCAAGUUCUUACCUCGGCACACAGCCCUGUGAGGAAGGUACUAUUACCCCCAUUUUCCAGGAAGCUGACUCAGCAAAGCUGAGUUCCCAGGGUCCUAGAGCUGAUACUGGAGGACUGGGUUCAAAUCCUAACAUGGCUCCUAGUCUUAACAGAGAGAUACUUUUAGAUUGCAAUAAUUGCUAUACAGAAAAAUAACAUGGAGGGUCACCUGGGUGGCACAUUGACUUGGGCAUCUGGCUCUUGGUUUCAGCUCAAGUCCUGAUCUCAAGGUCAUCUGAUCCAGCCCCGUGUCAGGCUCCAAGCUGGGCGUGGAGUCUACUUGGGUUUCUCUCUUACUCUCCCUCUGCCCCUCCUGCUCAUGUUCUCUCUCAAAUAAAUAAAUCUUAAAAAAAAAGAUGUGAGAGUUUGGGGGCUACAAAUGAUUGAAGGUGAAGGUACAUAUUUGACUCCUGGAAGUGUACAGCUCCAUAAAUUUCCAUAACCACACACACCCCAGGAGGCGAGCACCCAGAUCAAAAAGCAGAACCUUUCUAGCACCCCAGGAUGCGCCUCCUUUCGAUGGCUAACUCUCACACUACUGUGUUUUUGUAACUGUUGCACUCAUCCUGGACCACAUCCUCCUUUCUCAUCUUUCGGCCUAAUUGUUCUUCCCCAAUUUCUCCCACGCACACUCAGGUGGGAGACGCCCUGGUGUCUUGCUAACAGAACCCUGAGCACAGAAUGCCCCCUUCUCCUGUCUCCUUAUCUGUCUUCCCUCUGGGUUGUGAACUCCUGGAGACAACAGAUGGUAUCUUUGUCGUCUCUGGGUCUCUGUCACCCCACAUAGCUCCAUGACCUUAGUAAAUGGUAGUGGAUAGAUGGCAGUGACAAGCCUCGUUACUCCAGCUGCCCCCAUUUCAUAGGACACCGAAUUUUGGCUUCCUGCUCUGCCAUCCCUCAGGGCUCAAAAUGGAUUCAGUUCCUCUAGUGCCCCUAGCACUGGGGACAACCCCCAUUAUCCCUUGGAUCUCUGAAGCACCUCCAAGGCUGAGGUGAUGAAUGAUUCAUGAAAUUGUGUAUCCCAAUGCCUACAACAGUGAUCAACGCAAAAUAAAUGCUUAAUAGGGGCGCCUGGGUGGCUCAGUUGGUUAAGCGACUGCCUUCGGCUCAGGUCAUGAUCCUGGAGUCCCGGGAUCGAGUCCCGCAUCGGGCUCCCUGCUCAGCGGGGGGUCUGCUUCUCCCUCUGCCCUCUUCCCUCUCGUGCUGUCUCUCAUUCUCUCUCAAAUAAAUAAAUAAUAAAUAAAUAAAUGCUUAAUAGGUGUUUGUUGGACAGAAAGGAACAGCCUCCUCUUAGGGAGGAGUGGAGAUGAGGUGAGACGGUGCCAGGCAAAGUGCCACCCCCAGAAAUACAGGGGAUGCAGGGAGGGCUCAGCCAGGUCUGCUAGGACAACGGGAAGAAGGAUUGCACAGGGGCCGCUAGGGGGCACUCUCACGACUACCAGGCGCUGUGUUUCACGACAAGGGUUUGAGCGAAGGUACUAGUCCCAGGCAGGUAGCAGGUGUGGAGCCAUGAAAGCUGAGACGCAGCCUCUGCUCUUCUAGAACUUACCCUGUGGAGUGCAGGCAAAAGGAAUGCAAAUACUGUCAGAAAACAGGUUCCCAAACCGCUUGUUUCUGUGACUUUCCCAGGCAUCCUCUUUUCCAUCCCCACCCAGUGACAGCCUUUCUCAGAACUUUCACACCUACAUUCCUUUGCACGGGCUGUUACCUCUACCUCAGAUGCCUCUUUGCCCUGGAAAGCCUCUACUUACCUCUUGAUGAAGCUCAAAAAGCGUUUGCUGUUUCUCCAGCCAAAACCCCUUGGUGCCCUCUCCACUCCCCCACGCUGCGUACAGCUCUGCUGCACGCACAUAGCCCAUGGUAGUGUAUGUCUGCCCUACCUGGAGGAGGCUCCGCGGGCAGGGCUGGGGAUGGGGUCUUUUUUUUUUCUUUUUUCCUUAAGUUCAUUUAUUUAAGUAAUCGCUAUAUGCAAUAUGGGGCUCGAACCCACGAACCCGAGAUCAAGAGUCACAUGCUCCUCUGAGCCACCAGGCGCCCCAGGGAUGGAGUCUUAUCUACUACCUCAGUAUCCCCCAUGCCAGGUCCUGCUUGUGGAUACAAGGCGUCUAACAAAUGGCUGUUGAGUAAAGCAGAGGCUGAUCAAGCCAUGGAAAUUAAGAGGGAGGUUGAGAAAUGGCUUCAUUGGAGGAGUUAUAAAAAGAGAUGAGCAGGUGGGUGUGGGUGUUCCAGGCACAACAAAUCAUAGUGAGUAAAAGCCAGGCAGUGAAGAUCAUGGGUCUUGUUUUGAUUGGGGACUGACAAGCUGCUCAGUUGGACUCAAGCCCUGAGAGGGAAAGCCAGGAGCUUGGCGGGUAGAGGCAAUGUUGGUGAAUAUGGUGGGGAAGACAGAUUUGAGCAGGGGAAGGAGCAAUUCAAACUGAGCUUGAAGGAGUGGCUAGGUAAGCAGGCCCUAUCACUAGAGGUCGCACCACAGGAGAGGGAGAGAGGGAGAAGGCCACACCAAGCAAAUUAGGGGUACGUGUGUAAAGUACAUGAGAUGUGCAGUAAAGGCUAGUCGAAAAGUUGCAUGCUGGCAGCCAGUCAUGCUUUGACACAAACAGCGGUUUAAUUUCUUUAAUUAGUUACUAACAUUUAAAGAGUCAGGAAAAUUCAUUUUUUAAAAAAUCCACUUUUCUAGCUUUUUGUGAAAACUUAGGAGACUGGCAAUCAGGGGCCCACAUUCCUAUAGCAAUCCAGGCGCUGAGUUUGGGUCCCCUUGAGCUGGGCAGGCACUAACCCAUCCAUAGCCCCAGCCAGCCUGCCACUCCAGACAUUCAUUCAACUUGGGGACCCCCAUCAUCUUAUCCCUUCUAACCCAACCUGUCUUCCCCUACUGGGGAGUUUUCUCUAAAAUUUACUGGUCCCAGGGCGCCUGGGUGUCUCAGUUGGUUGGGCAUCUGCCUUCGGCUCUGGUCAUGAUCCCGGGGUCCUGGGAUGGAGGCCCCAUGUCAGGCUCCCUGCUCAGCCAGGAGCCUGUUUCUCCCUCUCCCUCUGCCUGCCGCUCUCCCUCCUUGUGCUCUCUCUC